AUGCCCAAUGCUGUCCAAGGAGGCUCUGCAGCUGUGACUGCAUCCCGGAGUCAGCCUUUACUUUCGGGUUACUUCGGUCCAACCAGCUUCGUAUCUCCUCUCACUGACGAUGUUGACCUGGGAGUUCCAGGCCAAGGCCUGGAGGUGGAAGCCUCUCAACGGGUUCUUCCGCCGUACUGGGUUCAGAAGAUUUCGGAAAUAGUAUCGACUCUGGGCGAUUUUGUCAAAGUCGAGGCUUUGAUCCGCGAGUAUUACGCUCUUAGUCAAAGCGCUGUGAUAGCGGCGCCAUUCGUGCUGAACAGUCUUGGACCAGUUGGUUCUAUGUGCAAGGAGUCUGUCCUAACUCCGAACGUUGACGACUCGACAUCCUCAAUCACCGUUCGUAUAAUCCAAAAUACGGCUGAGAUCUUCCAUGUCCCCACCGCGUUGAGGGGAAGAGAUUUUCAUACGCUUUACACCGGUCCUGCCAUUCGCCUUGAAAUAAUUGGCAUAUUAUGUGCCCUUGCUGGCCGAGCAAGGUAUCUUGGACUUGCCCGUGAUAAAUGCGAUGGCAAGACGUCUAGGACUCAAUAUGCGCGUAAGAUGUUGGCGGCUAGUGAUGCCGCGCUGUACAUUUGCAAGAUCUUGACUCCACUCAAUGAUUUGACAAUAUGGCUGGUACACGAAAACCUUCUUUUGUCAGAUCUGGUGAAUGGUGAUUCAAGUCCAUCCUGCUGGAACAGACUAGGUGAACUUUCAACAGACAUCUUCGCACUCGGUCUGCACCGGGACACAAAGACAUCCCCAGAGCUACCGGAGUUUCUGCUAGAAACACGCCGGCGCCACUUCACUGCAGCAUAUCAACUCGACAAAAGCAUAGCCACAUUCCUGGGCCGGCCACCACGAAUACCAUGGCGAUAUGCUGACUGCCGCAUGCCCCUUGAUAUAAGCGACGAGGCACUUGCUACUGACAAUAUGGUUCUGGAUUACUCCCACGACUACAUCGAUUCAAAUGGAUGGAGUCUCCAUGGCGUCGUGCAACGGUCAUCAUGGAUGCGAGCUCGUUUCAUAGUUAGCACAUUUCGCGAUGAAAUUCUGGAGGUUUCUCUUCGGAAGCUGAGCCCUGAUAUGGAGGAAAUGCUAGAUGACAUCUCCCAACGAUGCCAUCUAGCUUGGGAAAGCCUGCCCAUCCAUCUACGCUAUACGCCCCAAUGCUGGAACAACAGUGUCCCCGUGGCAGUGUGUCUGAUGCUAAUAAUAUCCUAUCUUGCAUACCUCUACAACGACUUCCUCAUUCAACGACUCAUAGCUGGGAAGAACAAUCCACGCGGAAACACGGCUCUACUUUCCGUCAGUGCGGAUAUCCUAUCUACGGUUCUGAUACUCGGCACGCAGCGCGAACAAAUGGUCGACAUAAGACCGGAUUUCACAUGGACGGUACCGUUCCCCCAACUCAUCCAAACCAGGGUCCUUACUCAUUAUCUCUAUUUACAGGUCUUGCUUUACGGCUUCCCGAGUGCAAGCCUCCUGAUAAAAGCUCUCCAACACCAAAAACGCACAGGAGAACCAUUCCUCUACAACGGAUCCCGUUCUGCGCUUAUUCGUAAUCUCAGUGUGUUCAUUUCUCAUCUUGAGUCUAUUGCCAGACCAGAUAAUGCGAAUUAUGCACUGUUUCAGCGCGCGAGUCAGGUAUUCUCAAAGAUUAUCGACGAGAUUCUUGAGCCCGUGCCUGAUUCUGGGCUUGGUGACGCUGAUGCUGCUCAUUAUGAUUUCGAACCGAUUGUCGACGUUGAUGGAUUGGACUUGUUCAAUCAUAUGGAUUUUGGGGUUGCGUUUAAUCAAUGGCUGUUUUAG